GCUGCGCCCAGCUGUUGGUUUUAGGAGCAGUAGCAGCUGGUGCAAUGUAACCUGUGUCCAGUUUCCAAGCACAGCUAGACACCAGACAGUCGCUGCUGAUGAGACAGUCUGGAAAAUUGUAUUUUUUAAAAUAAAACCCCGAAUGGAUUGGAGAAGGGGGGACGAGUUAAAGAUGCGUUGAGACCGAGACAAUACAAAAAGUGGAUUCACUGUUUGCUCUACGAGGACGCAGCCUGAUAACUGUCUGCUAUAUUGAUGGACGGAUCUACAGAUUGCAGCCCCCAGCGUGCAGCAGCUGAGUCUCUCUUGUUGGCAAAGCUCAUACCCAACAGAUCUCGUGAAUUGGAUUGUAAAUCUGGCUGUGAGACUUGGGGUGUGGCAUUUUCCCCUGAUGGCUCAUACUUUGCAUGGUCACAAGGACACAAUAUUGUGAAGUUGAUACCCUGGCCGCUUGAAGAUCACAAAAUAAGUUAUAAAAGUACACAUCAUUUUAAAGCAGAUGGAAGAGCAAAGGGCCAGUGUGGAGAAAAGAUAAUCGAUUGUGGUCAAACAGUGUGGGGGUUAUCAUUUGGAACAUCUCCAUCUGAGAAUGGAAAUAAGUCAUCCGAGAACCAACACAAGUGCACGCUUCAGUGCUCGGGUACAAUCCUUGCCACAGGUCUCACCAAUGGAGAAAUCAAGUUGUGGAAAGUGCCUACCGCACACCUUCUCUUCAAGUUAAAAGGACACCAGUCAGUAGUGAGAUGCUUUGCUUUUAUCUCCAAUGAAAACUUCAUGUUGAUUUCUGCAUCACGGGACACAACUCUGCGUGUAUGGGACCUAAAACAGGAUGGUAAACUACUGCAUAUAUUAAAAGGCCACAACCAAUGGAUUUAUUGUUGUGCUGUCACUCCCAACUCGAGCAUGCUUUGUUCUGUGGGAGGAGGAAAGACUGUGUUGUUGUGGAGUAUGGUAUCAUAUACAGUGAUUCGGAAACUAGAAGGACAUGGCGGCGAUGUUGUAUCAUGUGAAUUUUCACCCAACGGAGCAUUACUAGCUACGGCAUCUUACGACACUCAUGUAAUUGUGUGGGACCCAGACACUGGAGAAAGCCUGAUGAAACUGAGGCAUUGUUCCACCUUUGCUGCUCUGGAUGUUGAUGAUGGCUUUAGUACUGGAUUUGUACGAGCAGUCUCCUUCUCCCAGGAGGGACUAAAUGUUACCUCGGUAGCAGACGAUGGAUUGCUGAGAAUUUGGUCCUUGGAUUUGCAAAGGCCAAUUUAUGUUGCUCCUCUGGCCAAUGGACUCUGUUGUACAUUCUCUCCACAUGGUAGUGUAUUGGCUACAGGGACAAGAGAUGGUCAUGUUAAAUUCUGGAUAGUAUCUAGGGUGCUGCCAACUCUGCAACACAUUUGUCGCAAUGCUCUGCGCCGUGUGAUGACGACCCACCAAGUUAUGCUCUUGCCUGUUCCAAAGAAAAUAAAACAGUUUUUGGUUUAUAAGAAGUUCUAGUUUGCACUUGCAGGGGUAAAGUACUGGAAUGGGAGGAAAAUCUCUAUCAGACAAUGAUUAAUUUUUUUUAACCAAGAUUUAUUUGAAUGAGUGUUUGAUUUGUGAUUUAAAAACCAUUUACAUUAAGAAUUGGGUCACCAAAAAGAGCCUUACAUGUUUCUAAAAGUUGCUUAGCAUAAGUUCAAUUAGAAAUCGAGAGCCGUCAAUAAGAAUCAAUCUUUUGCAUACCACUGGAACUUUCUACAUGGUAAAGAAUUAUAUGACUGAUCAAAAGUAAGACACUAUGAAUGUGUUCAAAAAGAUGAAGACAAGGCUGAAGGUUAAAAUGUUUUAUUAAUGAAACUUCCAGUUAUUGAGAGAAACAAAACCUACAAAUGUUGUACCACCUUCUUGUAUCCAUAAGAAUUGUUGUGUGGCUCAAAAUUGCACAAGGAAGGCCAUUUAACCUGUUGUUCGUUUGUCCAUCUAUCUAGAAAGACACUACAGUCCCUCUAUGAUUGUUCCUUUUAAAUAAUGUUAUCCUCACUAAUUAAAUCCAUAGAAGUUUUUCCAGACCAAUCAACAUUUUAAGUCCUAAAUUUACCUUGCCAACAGGUCAAAAGAAUAUUCUACAUUUAUCUUUUAAUUCUUCCCCAAUUGAAAUCUCUUCGCAACUGCUAGCUGUAACCAGUUCAUUUUUAGUGUUUCUUGGAUUUGGUUAAUUUUCCUUCCUAUUUGUAUUUUCUUACUGUCCCUUUGUAAUUUUUCACCUUUUCUUUGGAUUAGUAGUUUUCUUGUCCUAGAAUCAGAAUUUUACAAUACCGUAACAGAUUCUUUGUGGUUCAUUGCACCUUUGCCACCUCUGAGCUAACUUGACACUUUUAUUAUUAGUUUCCACAUACCCUAGUUUUAAAUCCAGUUGCAGUGUGGAAUUGCAAGUGACUGAUUUUUAUAAGAAAUGUAGAAAAGAAAAUGUUGACCAAACACAAACGAAGAAAACUGGCAAAAGUGGAGAUGCAAAAAAAAUUCUGAAAAAUCAACACUCGGUACAAAGCUGUUAGGUUUUUGUGCAUUUUUGUAUCAAUAGGUUGGUAAUAAUCAAUGAUAUAUUUUCCAUGGAAUGGAAUGCCUUUUAAUAUAGUGUUGUCACACAUUUUGGGUUUAAGAAAUCACUUGCAACUAUUUAACUCCACAUGAUUACAUCUUGCCAUGGCACCAAAAUGUUUUACACCUUUUGAUUUAACAAGUGGAGAAUAUUUGAUUUGAAAUAUUGUUUGUAUAAGCCUGUUUAAUUUAAAAAAGAAUAUAUUUUCAGUACUGUUGUCUGACUUUUAGAAAUAAAACUUAAUUUAAAAAGUU